AUGUCAACUAGAGCCAAAGCGACACUGGCUGCGUCGCUCGCAUUUUCCUCCUUCAUUAUAUGGGCAGUUCAUUACCAGCAGUCAAGGGAGCGAGAGGACAUGUUCCAAGGUGUCGUUCGUGAUGACGCUCGUCGGCUAGAGAAAAUGCGGCAGCGUGAAGAAGAGUUCCGCGAAUCCUCUCGCAAGCGAGAAAUGUAUGAACAAGUACAGAACGUCGUAUCAAGCGACCAGUCAAACAAGAUUUGA